GUUGGCUCUGCGGUGCGGCGCUGCAGAAUGAUACAGACCGGAGGGGUCGGCGUUAAGUCAUGAACUUUAAUAACUUCUUCACGUCCAUCGGUUAAGCGCACCUUCAGCCAUGCCUGUGACGUCUCAGCUGCUCAGGGGUUUGCCCCGUUCCAAGGUCCUGGCCUCCAGUCUGUUACCAUGCCAACAACACCAGUCCCAUUUAGGACCCAUCACUCACCGACCUGCCUCGAGACGGCCCUCUCACGUAUGGCAGAGCCACCAGCACUUAAGAAGUUACCGGGCAACCUCAGCGCUCCACAGUUACAUCCUCACACCCCCGCAGGUCAACUCGAUUCUGAAAGCCAACGAGUACAGCUUCAAGGUGCCAGAGUUCGAUGGGAAGAACGUGUCUUCGGUGAUGGGUUUUGAGAGUAACCAGCUGCCGGCCAACGCUCCAAUAGAAGACCGUCGAAGUGCAGCCACGUGCCUGCAGACGCGAGGAAUGCUGCUGGGUGUGUUUGAUGGUCAUGCAGGCUGUGCCUGUGCUCAGGCGCUGAGUGAAAGGUUGUUUUACUACAUAGCUGUGUCUCUGCUUCCCCACAACACACUGUGUGAGCUGGAGGCCGCGGUGGAGUCCGGCAGAGCCCUCAGUCCCAUCCUGCAGUGGCACAAACACCCCAACGACUACUUCAGCAGGGAGGCUCAGACGCUCUACUUCAACAGCCUCCGAACAUACUGGCAGGAGUUAAUAGAUCUGACCAGCCCUGACGAAGUUCCAGACACCCGCGAGGCGCUGAUGAAUGCCUUCAAGAGGCUGGACAAUGACAUUUCCUUGGAGGCUCAGGUUGGAGAUCCAAAUGCUUUCCUGCACUACUGGGUUCUGAGAGUUGCCUUUUCUGGAGCGACGGCCUGCGUUGCUCACAUCGAUGGAUCAGACCUGUACAUAGCCAAUGCAGGAGACGCGCGGGCGGUGUUGGGAGUGCAGGAGGAAGAUGGUUCAUUCAGCUGUCUCACACUCUCUAACGACCACAGCGCCCAGAAUGAGGAUGAGGUGGCUCGGAUACGAAGUGAACACCCUCCGUCAGAGAGAAAGACAGUUAUACGACAGGACCGGUUGCUCGGCCUCCUCAUGCCGUUUCGUGCGUUUGGGGAUGUGAAGUUCAAGUGGAGUAUUGAACUGCAGAAGUGUGUGUUGGAGUCUGGACCCGAUCAGCUCCAUGAAAACGAGCACACCAAGUUCAUCCCUCCAAACUACCACACACCCCCCUACCUGACCGCCGAGCCAGAGAUCACGUACCACAAACUGCGGCCACAGGAUCGCUUCAUGGUGAUUGGCUCUGAUGGCCUCUGGGAGACCCUCCACAGACAGGAAGUAGUUCGUAUUGUGGGGGAGUAUUUAACAGGGGUGCACCAGCGUCAGCCCCUGAAAGUCGGAGGCUACAAAGUCACUCUGGGACAGAUGCAGGGGCUGCUCGAAGAGCGAAAGGCUCGCGUGUCCUCUGCUUUUGAGGAUCAGAAUGCGGCGACCCAUUUGAUGCGCCACGCGGUGGGCAAUAAUGAAUUUGGCACAGUCGACCACGAGAGGCUGUCAAAAAUGUUGUCGCUGCCCGAGGAACUGGCUCGCAUGUACCGCGAUGACAUCACCAUUAUCAUUUCUCAGUUCAACCCUCAUGUGAUCGGAGCACAGAGACAGGACGGGCAAUCCUGAGCUGCAAAAAAGCCAUCCACUGUUACACGGAAACCGUGUAACCUUCGAUGUACGCACAAGCACCCUCUGUGGACAAAGAGGCCAUAUUAAAAAAAAUAUCUGUCCAGCAGUCGGAAUGAGUCCUUUUAACUUUAUGUGAUGAAUUUUGAUGUUUGUAUGCAGCGCUAGGGACGAUCCAAUUCCUCUUGAAGUCCCAAAGAUCUUCGUUGGAUCGGAGUCUCUUCUAUAACAUGCAGCCGAUAUCCGGUGGCAAGCUUUUCAUACUCACUUCUCUGCGUGGCUGAAAAGGCGCUGUUACAAACUGAUUUUUGUGCCAAAAGAUUCAACCUUUUCGUCUGCUGAAAGACUCAGCGCCGGGGCUGAAAUUAAAGAGAUUCCAAAGAGCGUGAAGAUUGGGACUUUACAAGUAAAGAGCCUGUGGUUGAUGCGGCGCUGAGUCGACCUGCUCUCUCUGACCCCCUUUACAACUCGCACUAAAAUGCAUUUUGGAUGAUCGGAUUGCAAAUGGAUAGUGUUUGCCAACAAGUACAGGUAUAAAUGCACCCAAAAAGCACUGAGGACGGAUUUUGAUCCGAUCGGCCAAACCACCUCUGGUGGAGGUCGUCAGGAACGCAAUGUAACAACGAUGUUUCUCACAGCAGUAGAAUUUUAAGUGUGGCGGUAGCUAAGGCCGGGGCGGCACCUGCAAAUUUUUUUGAGAUUUUUUUCGUGUGUGUGUCCCUUUUUUUUAUCGUUUGGUGUCCCCCUUUUAAAUCAGGUAAGCCUGUUUCAUUGUUGUUGACGUUGCUGAUGCCUUCUAAAUUUUCCUGACUGACAGGAUAACAAAGAAAACUAAAAAUGAGCAAAGAUAUAUAUAUUUUUUAAUUUGUCUCAUUAUUACGCCAAUAUUGGCUAUUAAAUAUGCAGACAAUAUCAUGACAUGCACCUUAUAUAAUUUUAAUUAAAAAAAAACAUUUUAAAUUCUUAUAAUAGUUAUUGACAAGUGGGGGCGGGUCUUGUCGUUUGUUUAUGCUAUUGGAUCUCAAUGUGGACACUCACUGGAGUGAGUGAAUAUUAACACCAGGUGUAAACAUAAUCAGGCACACUUUAAUGCCAGGUAUAAAGGGGGUCUUUGAUAUGGACUCUAACAUUUUAACACUCUUUCUCCGUUUGUCAGAUUUUCAUGUUUGCAUCCCAGGCACAAUCUUUCUCACUUUCGAGGCUGCUCCUGCAUUUGUUACGACACAGGACUGUUGCAUCUGUUUGUUUUUACACCUUUGUGGAAGUCAUUUUAUGAAAAACUCUUAGUACUGUCCAGACAUACACGUUUUGUUCUGCAUUUACACUUCAUCCUGUGAGUAUUUGAUGUUUACUCCAGCACACUGAGUUUUAGGUGAAACAGUGACUAUCAGGGUUAAGUGAGUAAAAUGAAAGUUUGUAGUUCUGUUCCACGUUUUGUGGGUAUAAAAGGGACGUGUUAAAAGUUUGUUUUGCCUCAUGUUGUUUAUUUCUGACAGGUUAUUAGCAGUUUGAGUAAAAGUUUGUAAAAGUUUGUAAUUUAAUUACUCAUGACAGUCAUGGUAAAAGCAGAAGCAGUCCUGAUACUCUCCAGUUUAACACUUACGAUGGGUCGUGGCUGUGUGUUCAAGCGUAUUUAAGCCCAAAUGAAUGAGCAGAAUGUAAAAAGAAGCUGUUUGAAUAUGAAGGAUUAUUUAUUCAGCUUUUGCAGUAUGUUACACAUCUUUAUCUACAGUUUUAUGUAUAAAUUGUAACUUAAGUGGGUAUAAGUUUUGUAUAUGGAAUGGUUUAAUAAAACA